CCCCAUUCACUUCCCGUUACCAAGCACACCUCACCCUUUCCCGAAAACUAUAAAUACUUCUCUUUCUUCACUCUUUCCUGUUCUUGCCCUAGCCUGGAAACCCCCAUUUCGCCGCAACGUCCCCAAUUUUCUCUCUCUUUCUCUCACUUUCUCGCACCAAAUCCACAAUUUCCGGCACAUUUUCCCGAGAAAAUUCGCCCAAAUGGUCCUUCCCAGAUCACUUUAGCUGAUUCCUCCUCCUUAUGGAUCGCAGGGCGGUGUUCGGCGACUCCUGCUGUGAAUCUAUCGGCUGAGUCUUGUAAAUUUAUCGGUUGAGUGUUUAGGCGAUGGAAGCGGUGGACUUGAGUUUUCCCGUGGAUGUAGCCACCGUGCCGAAGUUUUUGGGUGUGGAGGCGCUUGUGAGAGCUGGGGUUACAGUCAAGGAGCUAGAACCUUGUGAUUCGGACCGCGUUUCGGUUCGAGUUACCUCAUACACCGAGGUUUGCAGCUCAUCGUUGAGGGAUAAAGAGGUAACGAAUGUGGUUAGUACUUCAGAGAAUGAACCAAUUAAGCUCGGUGAUAUGAUGUGCCGGGGCAGCUAUCAGGGUGAAGAAUUGUCCAGGCAUCUACAUGGCAGGGGAAAAAAUGGUUUUUUGUUGGAUACUGGUGCUGAUAGUGUACAGUUAGAACGGAAACCAGGAAAGUUGUCAAAAUUGGGCAGUUUAUCUAAGAGACCACGUGUUGCUCGAUUUGAAGAUCCAACGAGCCUUGUUGAAGUUGAUGGGAUAAAGGAUAUGUCAUAUAAGCUUGGAUCUUUACUUAUAAAGUGUGGUUCAUCAGAUAAGACUCAGUUGGUGAAACAAAAGAACAACUCUACAAGCAAGCGAGGUGAAAAGAGAAAUCUCAAACUUCCUGCAAAGACUAAACACGACUCCUUCUCUGUAAAGCCUGGUUUGGCAAGCUUCAGUUCAGCUGCUGGUGGAAACAACUUUUAUGGAGUACAUGGCCUUAAGUCAGAUAAUCAUGAUGUUACACAGCUGGUAGACGAUGUGCCACUGAAUGAUCUCCUUGAUGGGACAUACAAGUGUCCUAGCUUAGGCAGGGGAAAAGGGAAGAGACCAGCAAAUGUGAAUGAUAGUUUUCUGCAUGCAGUUAAAAAGGCUUGUUCUACCCUUCAGCAACCGAGGUCUGUUCAGCCCCAACUUAAUGCUGAAGUAGACAGCAAUCCUGACAAGAUAAUGUCGCCAUGGCUGUUAUGCACAACUUCUGUUGUAGCUUCUGGUGUCGAUAGUGAUAAAGGAGAGCCAUUCAUCACAGGUUUGUCUUCAUGUAAUGAGGUACAGGAUUCACAUAGAAAGCCUGACGCUCCUGCUAAUCCCCUUGAUUUGCCAUUGUGUCAACCUAAGUAUGUCUUGGAACGCUUGGGCCUUCCUCCACCCAAGGAUUUGGAAUCUUUGCUUUUGGAUGCUGCAAAACCUGCUUCAUCUUCAAGAAAUACUCCUGAUCCAUGUUCGGGCAGACAAAUAUCUCGCCGAGCAAGCUUGCCUCCUUUUUCAUGGUCACAUACUUCUAAUGGGCACUGUAGAACCAGUUCCGAUGCGGCCAAACAGUCCACAAGCAGGGGUACAUGCCAAGGCCGAUGGCUAAGAAUAGAGAGGAAUAUUCUUAGUUCAUUGUGGGUUGCCACUAGUAAUUUGACAGACUUGGAGUCACUCAGCUAUAAUCAAAGUCUAGUUCCUUCUGCAAGGCUAAAAGUGGCUGGUUCCCACGAUAAAGUUUGCCCAUCCAUAUCUGUUAGUCUUCCUCUGUGUCAACAAGAUUCGUUAUCUAACGCAACAUGUCUGAAAGAUUCCUACAUUCCGCAAGAAUCUGGAGGCAAGCUGAAGCAGAUGGGAGAUUGUAACGAUGGGCAUUGUCCAAAAGUAUUAAGUGCUGCUCGAACACUUUGUGACAUGGCAACUCGUCCCUCAAGGAAAAAUCCAGAUGGAAUCAUAAGGUGGCCAAAGAAGCCUUCGCAAAAAGCCAUGAAAGCUCGGAAGUUGAAAUCAAUUGAGAAACCUGAAGAAGCAUAUGGAACAUCAGUUGCAGUAUCUGGGUCCGACAAUCCUGGGAGAAGCGUGGAUCGGAUGCUGCCUCCAAAGAAGCCCAAGCUCUCCUUGAAUGAUGAUAAAAGGGAUUUCAAUAAUUUUAGUUCUGUAAGGAAAGGACCAAUAAAUUGGUCUACGCCCAGAUCAAGUAGGUCAUCACCUAGCAGAUCAAUUAAGGGGUCAAUUGUGGACAUUAGACAUUCGACAGCGGAUGUAGUAAAGCAUUCCUAUAUGAUGCCACCACCAGGUCGGGUUCCAGCAAAGACUUCAAACAGACAAGCGAAGCAAGGAAAGUUAUUGGUAACGGAAUGGAACCGAGGAAGGGACCGGCUAGACUGAUGAGUAUCGGCCUCAAUCGGGUUUAAGAUUUAUUCCUACUGACAAGGUUCGUCAUUUAACCUGAUGUCUCUGAGGAUUUAUUGGAAAUAGUUGAUUUGUACAUAUCAUGCCCUAGGUGGAAUAGGGAAAGGUUGCAAGGGUUUAGUUUUAGGAGGAGGAUGAAUAGGAAUUUUAUGUCGUAACAAAGAAUACCACUAGACUGUAGUACUAAGUGGCAAGUUUUAAUUCGAUGUUAGAUAUUGUGACAACGGAGAAAAACAUGUGUGGGGCUCGGCUUGCCACUGGAUUAUGCUGAGCGACAUUACAAUCCA